CACAAGAGGCCCAGCGGACAGAUCAGACUUACUAAAUACUCUCCAACACAAACACUAAACAAUGUCACCAAGAACAUAGAAUUUCUAGCAAAAAUACAAAAUGAUGACCCCCAAAUGGGGCUAUCUUAUAGUACUAGCGAUUUUUGUAAUUCAUUUUAGUGUUUUAGAUUGCAAACCAUCUAGGAAAUUCCACAAACGAGGAAAAACACGAAGAAAAUUAACUCGAGAGGAAUGGAAGCAAUUACAUAAAUUUGAGGACGCGCUAAAAAGCGAGGAUGGGAAAUUGAUGUUCACUAAUUCCUGGGCUGUCCAGUUGGACUCUGCGGAGGUUGAAGCUGCUGAUAGAAUCGCUGCAAAGCACGGGUUUACAAACUUGGGCCAGGUUGGCUCAUUAAAGGGGUACUAUCACUUCAAGCACGUGCAUAAGCCAGGAAACAGAGCACGACGGGAAUUGCACGUGCACGAGAAAACUAGGCUUCUUAUGCAGGAGGACGAGGUAUUGUGGGCUCAGCGACAACACGUCUUAGCAAGAACUAGAAAAUACAUAGUCCCACAUGACCCAAAGUUCCAUGAUCAGUGGUAUCUGUUUAACGAUGGCCAGUCGACGGGCCCCGCCGGAGUUGAUAUCGAUGUAGUGCCCGCGUGGAACAGGAACAUCACGGGAAGGGGGGUGGUGGUCAGUAUCCUUGACGACGGGGUUGACCACACCCAUCCUGACCUGAGGGACAACUUCGACCAGAAAGCAAGCUACGACUUUAAUGAUAUGGACCCUGAUCCAAGACCACGUGAUUCAGACCCUGAUAACUGUCAUGGAACAAGAUGCGCAGGCGAGGUCGCAGCGGCAAAUAAUGACGUGUGUGGAGUAGGCGUAGCUUAUAAUGCUAAUAUAGGCGGAGUGCGCAUGCUCGACGGCCAGGCCACGGAUGUGUUAGAAGGCAGCUCCCUCAGCUUCCAGUCGGCCUACAUAGAUAUCUAUAGCAACUGUUGGGGCCCGAAGGAUGACGGGAAGACUUUUGGGAAACCGGGCAAGCUCGCUCAAGAAGCACUUAUGCAGGGGGCGCUUAAGGGUCGUGGUGGUAGAGGUAACAUCUAUGUAUGGGCAACUGGCAAUGGCGGACUGACGGAUGAUGACUGUAAUUGUGAUGGCUAUACUACAAGUAUCUAUACCAUCUCUAUUGGCUGUAUCGGUGAUCACGGGCUAUCGGCCUACUACACAGAGUUGUGCUCGUCAACGCUUGGUGUCACAUUCAAUGGAGGUUCACACAGAGAAAGAGAGGAAAACAAGAUGGUAACGACAGAUCUACAUCACAAGUGCACGGAGGAAUUCAAGGGCACGUCAUCUGCCGCACCUCUUGCCGCCGGCAUGAUCGCGCUAGUCCUGGAGGCCAACCCUAACUUGUCCUGGCGUGACGUACAGCAUCUCGUGGUCGAGACUGCGCAGGUCACAAGUCCUGUGGACGAGGGCUGGAUGAAGAAUGGCGCCGGUUACCAUUUUAACCAUAAGUUCGGCUUUGGAAGAUUGGACGCUGACGCGAUGGUAAAGCGAGCGAAGACAUGGAAGAGUGUCGCGCCUCAGCGAAUAUGUCAUGGUCCCUCUAGCAGCACCCAGCAGGAGAUCCCUACUGGCGGCACGCUAUCCAUCACCAUAGAUACGAUCGCGUGCAGCGGCACUGACAAGAUGUUGACCAAGCUAGAGCACGUUACGCUGACUGUCAGCUUCCAGCAUCGCAGGCGCGGGGAUGUCAGUAUCGACCUAUUCUCACCGAGCGGGACUAGGAACGAGAUGCUGUCCACCCGUCGCUAUGACGACUCGAAAAACGGUCUUCACGACUGGACCUUCAUGACCGUGCAUAACUGGGGCGAGAAUCCCAAGGGGGAGUGGGUGAUGAACGUGACUGACAAUCUUUCCGCCCUCAGCAAGGGCGUGGAUCCUAACGGCUACGUGCAGCACGACACCAGCAAACAGGAAGCGGAUGUGGAGGACCUGGAGGAGGAGGUUAUUGAUGACGAAAAGAAAACCCAGGAGCUAGAGGCACAAAAACAAGGAAAAAAUGGCAAGAAACAAAGCGACCUGGAUGUACCGUACCCAGAAGGGGUCAAGAAAAACCGGGUACCGGACAACGGACAGGCCUGGUCGGACAACGAUCCAGGAAGCUAUAUGGGUUACCCUGGAAACAUGUACAGUCCCGAGUACGAUCCGAAUAUCAUGAACCAAAUGAUGAGCGAAGGGGGGUACCCUGAGGGUCCCAACCCUUAUGUCGCAUUUAACCCCUUCGGGGGAGGGAUCGGCACAAUUGAGAGUGAAGGCCCGAAUGUUGACGCAACAACUAAAGACACAAUAGUCGAUAACAAUUCGGACAACGGUGAUACUAGCGAUCAAGUUUACGGGUAUGACCGAUUUGCAUACGAUGAUACUCCGAAAAGCAGAGCGGCUCCGAAAAUUGGCCGACAGAGGGUCCAGGUGACAUCGGAAGAGACGGGAUCUCAGCGAGUACAGGUUAAUAACGGAUUCCAGGAGGAGUUCGUGCCGGGACUAAACCCCGAGAGCGGGAGAAUCAGCUCCGGAGUACUCUUAGAGUGGAGGUUGACAUUCUACGGGACGGGGCCUGGAAACUCGGACGAUGACAGUGAUGACGAUAUUGAGUCCAAUAAUUCCGGGACUGAGACAGUGGUGGAAUUAUAGUGAGAGGAGAGUGUCAUGUACUUUAAAGGGAAGGUUCCGCUGUGUGGUGGAAUUAUAGUGAGAGGAGAGUGUCAUGUACUUUAAAGGGGAGGUUCCCCUGCGUCUAAGGAGCAUAGGGGCAUAGGCGCAAAAGACAAGGGGGCUGGCCUCCGGGGUUGUAAAUUGCAAGGAGUGGUUUACGAUGCAUUAUAACAUCGUAAAUAUAGAGCGUUAGAAAGAUAGAGCUAUUGGGGCUGGCCUCCGAGAAACUCAUGAAAAAUGAGCUUCCCCACCCACUCCCCCUACACAAUACUACCAACCCCUCCCCUAUUAUUUGACUCAGGAAGGAGGGGGUGGGGCUGCACAUCGAGUUUUUAUCAACACUACUUCUUGUGUUAAAAGACCGGCGUCUGAUGUCUGCAAAUGCAGCACUCAAAUGGAUUUGAAUUAUGUAUUAUUGAUGUUACCGCUGUCAAGUGACCCAAACAACAAUAUAAACAGGAAUUAUGCUUGAUGAUAGAGGAAAAAUACACAAGAAACUAUAUCCCUGAAGACAGGCAGAAAUCAUUGCUCAAAGGGCUUAUAUGUCAUUAAUAAGAGGAUAGCGGAAUUCUAGCAUUGCAUUCGGCGCGUUUUUUUCUCUCUACGCCAUUAUUUGUCAGUUUUGCUAUGCUUUAGUCGUUCCUUGCGGUUGGGUUGCAUAAGUUUCUCUAAAAAAGGAAAGAGAUACGCAAAUAAAAUACAAUAUUUUGUAAAUAAAAGCGUUUUUGAUGUGAUUUUCUAUUAUAAUCAUCGAUGAGUUUGAUUUAAUAAAUUAUCUUCUUAUAAACGA